AAAGCAGAAGAGCUGCCUGCAGAGUCGACAGAUGCUGAAUAGAGAAUCAAACAUGCAAGCUGUGUUUGUACUGUUCGUGAUGCUAUUAGGAGUCUCUCAUGGUGUGGAAACUCACUGUGAUGGCAGACAGGAUGGAGCUCAGUGUUAUGGACCUUUGGGAGGAACUGUGGACAUCCAGCUGAUAGACAGCACUUCAGAAAUGCCUAGAUACCAACUUUCAAAGAAUACAUUAAAAAUACUAGAUCUCCUGUGUCCUCUGUCCUGCUGGUCUCUGAGUGUCUGUCUCAGGGAGAGAUGAGGGUGUCCUGCUCCUCUGAGGGAGGGGACAGUCCUCAGUACAGCUGGACUCUGGAUGGACGCACACUGACAGAUGCUGAGCUCCUUUCUGUAAAUAAUGAGACUAACAUCAUCACUCUGAAACAGCACGUCUCAGGACGUCUGGUCUGCUCAGUCAGGAACAACGUCAGUGAUGUCUCCAAAGAGGAGAGAAUAUCUACCUGUGGAAAUUUGCCACUGAUAGGUGGUGUUCUCUCAGCGCUGGUAAUUUUCUUGGUUGUUGGUGUAGCAGUCAUAUGUGCUUGGAGGAAAAAGCAAAACAGCAAACCUACAAAAAAGGAGGAAGAAGAUGACCAGGAAGUCUUUCCUGAUGCCAAGUUUGUCAAAAGGCCGGCAAACCAAGCUGAGAAAAAAGUGGCGGUGGAGCACCGCCAAAUCAAGUCUGCAAAGCGACCUCGGAGGCCUGAACCAACAGGAACUGAUUGUGUGUAUGCUAACGUCCAUAAAGUCAGGUGAUGAAGUGCUCAGUGAUUUUGGACAGACAGCUCCACUGAAAGUAGCUGGAGUAAGGAGCUGAUGUUAAGAUACCUAAAGGUCCUUCAUUUAAUGUAAAUUCCCUGCAUGAAAAUACAAACCAUAGCUUAUAAGUGUUAAUGUAUUGGACUAUUUAACUGUCACUUUUGUAUUAUAUCAGGUGAUUAACGCAACUAUUGUUACGUGACCUCUUGAUUUAAUUACAAACACUGAGUGUUUUCUUCAUCUAUACUCUGUGGAAGCCUUUGACUAGUUCUUCACUUGGUAAAGGUUCGACCAAUAUGUAAAUGGAAACAUGAUAAAGAGAAAGAACUUCAACAUUUAUGAAAAUAUGACUGUAAAUAAAGCGUCUUUUGUACCACACAUGUUAUGUGA